UGCCCCUGCUUCAGCUUUUCCAUGGCGCUUGAUACAUAAUAGCGGUGGUGUGAAAGCAUCGCCCCAACAUCGAUGCCAGUGGCUGGCCGCUUAUCGAGGCUCGAUCAGCCACCAUGGAGGGACGUCAACUCUUUGCCGGCUUGACGGCGCGGCCGUCGCCGACGCCGCUCGUCACUGCCCAGGCCGAGAGCUGUUCCGUCUUCGCUCUGCCUAUCGGCGGCGUUCUUUCACUCCCCAAUGGAGAUACCGUGACCCUCACCGAGCCGGCUGCUUUCAAGCCGAUAUGCACUCCCGUCACACGGCCGGCCAUCAUCGCAAAUGGAGGCGGAAACAUCGCCCUUGACGAAGCCGCAGACACUACGAAUUCCCUGGUGGACCUGCCGACCCAGGACCCAUUUUAUGCCUCGACUUUCCCGCAAUGCUACGCUCUGGCUGCCACGACUGUCGUCGCCUACACCCUGGUCAUCAUGCUCUUCAUCACGCCGCGAUCGUUCUUGCAGGGUGGAGUGGUCGUAUUGGGCCGGAGAGGAUUCACAAACGGAGGGACCGGUGGAACGAACAUUGGCGGUCGGCCCUGGCUCCAGAAGGUCGCCGCCCUCACCGUCGCCAUAUCCCUGACCAUCGCCACGUCGAAUACCUUCCGGGUUGCCGAGGACCAAUACGCCACGGGUCGUCAGAAUGCGCAGAACCUCCAGUCCGAGGUCCUAGGCGGCACCGAGCUGAAGGUCAUUCGCAUCAUCUCCGACACAUUCCUAUGGCUUGCACAGGCCCAGACGCUCAUUCGGCUUUUCCCUCGACAACGGGAGAAAGUGAUCAUCAAGUAUACCGCAUUUGCUUUGAUUACCCUGGACCUAAUUUUCCAGUGCUUGAACAGCUUCCAGUACACAAAUCAGGGCAACGCUCGGCCCAGAAGCUUCACCGACGCCGUACCCGCCCUCAGCUAUCUAUUCCAGCUCUCGCUCGGAGUUUUGUACGCGGCGUGGGUGAUUUAUUACUCGCUCAUGAAGAAGCGAUACGCCUUCUAUCAUCCACAGAUGAAGAAUAUGCUUCUCGUUUCUGCCCUGUCGCUGCUGGCAAUCCUUGUCCCCGUCGUGUUCUUCAUCCUGGAUAUCUCCAAACCACUGUUCACCGGGUGGGGGGACUACGUGAGAUGGGUGGGAGCAGCAGCCGCUAGCGUCAUCGUGUGGGAAUGGGUGGAGCGGAUAGAAGCGUUGGAGCGGGAAGAGAAGAAGGACGGGAUCCUGGGGCGAGAAAUCUUUGACGGAGAUGAGAUGUUGGAGAUAGCACAGUCAGAUUCCACCUGGCCGCGCAGGAGAAAGAAGGAGGGCAGAGGUGACGAUGAUGAUAGUGGAGAGGGUGGAAGAUCAUCACGAACGGAGGUUUCAUCGACUGGAAGAGGGAACGUUUGGCCAACUGUUUCUUCGAUUGCGACAAAAUAUCGGUCGCGUUCGAGGAGCAGAAACGGCGAUCAACCUGGAGAGCCAAAAACCACAGAGUCCUCGAACCGCGACAGGAUACGCUUCUUACAACCGCCACUAUGGCCGGCACGUCCUGCGCCGGCUGUUACCCCGGUCAGCCGGACAGAUACUGCUAGCGCAGCCAGUACAGUGUAUGCCGUCAGGUAUCACCCGCUGACAGAAACAACUUCCCGAUCCACCCCACCGCCACAGGGGCGACGACCCCUAUCCCGGAGCAGUAGCCCAGCGUCGACACACCGUAGUGACGACAAUGGCACAGGUGCCGCAGAGCCACCUACCGUGGGCCCGACGCAGCAGGGUCCGUCAGACAGCCGCUGGCGAGCCUUGGCACAAGGAAUACCUUUCCCGCGGGUGGGCCGCAACGCCGCCCAAGAGGAGUCGCGCGUGCAUGACCAAGAGCAUGUACAGCGCGAGGAGAGCAGCCGCUGGGACAUCCGAGCGCGCCUGGAAGAGUUUGCGGCGACGCAGGCAGAGAGGCUGCGCGAGAAAAUCCGACCAACACUGGACACUGAUAGCCUACCUGUCACGGUCGUUCCUGCGCCGCCGCGGAGGGGCGCCGCGCUCGCCCAGUUACUCGAGGAAGAAGAGCCUGGCUCUCGGCAAGCCGAUGUGCAGACACCGGAGCCUCGUUCCCCUAGAGCGUUCCAGAGUAACAGUAAUAUGCCGAGAGCCUAUCCAGCCGAGCAUGAGAUUUCAUCAUCCUAUCUCCAUCGGACCAACACCGGCGCUCCUUCGGCUGCGAGAGCUCGUGCGGGACGAUCAGUGUCCCAUGACUCUGCUAGGAGGAGUACCCGAAGUCCGCCCCCGGCAUCGGUCAUACCGAUACCGACCCCGAGCCCGGUGCCGUCCCCAAGUGGGCCAUCUCAGGCCGCGCUUGGGAGGCAAGUAACGGAAGGGGAUGCCAGGGAGUGAAUGGUUGGUGUCUCGGCGGUUGCUUGCGCACGAUGACUGGUAACGGGUUGGGAAAUGGCAUGGGCAAAAUCAGGACACCAGCGGAGUUCUGCAACAUCUUACAUCUUUUUAUUGGGGCAUACG